AGGCAGCGUGCUACCCGGGGGCGGGUCAGAGCGGGAGUGAGGCCCGCACGGAUGCCGGUGCGUUGGCCACCGCGCGCCCCCGGUCUGAGCCAGGAUCCGCUCUGUUGCCUCGGUCAGGGGCACAAUGGCAGCCACAGUCAGGAGGCAGAGGCCGAGGAGGCUUGCCUGUUUGGCCUUGAUGGCUAUUGUCUUGGCAGACCUGUUGGCACUGAGUGACACGGUGGCGGUGAUGUCUGUGGACCUAGGCAGUGAAUCCAUGAAGGUGGCCAUCGUCAAACCUGGAGUGCCCAUGGAGAUUGUCUUGAACAAGGAAUCUCGGAGAAAAACCCCAGUGACUGUGACCCUGAAAGAAAAUGAAAGAUUCUUUGGAGACAGUGCAGCAGGCAUGGCCAUUAAGAACCCAAAGGCUACACUGCGAUACUUCCAGCACCUCCUAGGGAAGCAGGCAGAUAACCCUCAUGUGGCCCUUUAUCAGGCUCGUUUCCCUGAGCAUGAGCUAAGCUUUGACUCUCAGAGACAGACAGUGCGCUUCCAGAUCAGCGCGCAGCUGCAGUUUUCACCUGAGGAAGUGCUGGGCAUGGUUCUCAAUUAUUCUCGUUCUCUGGCUGAAGAUUUUGCGGAGCAGCCCAUCAAGGAUGCUGUGAUCACUGUGCCAGCCUUCUUCAACCAAGCUGAGCGCCGGGCUGUACUGCAGGCUGCUCGCAUGGCGGGCCUCAAAGUGCUGCAGCUCAUCAAUGACAAUACUGCCACUGCUCUCAGCUAUGGUGUCUUCCGCCGGAAAGAUAUCAACAGCACUGCACAGAAUGUCAUGUUCUAUGACAUGGGCUCAGGCAGCACCGUGUGCACCAUCGUGACCUACCAGACAGUGAAGACUAAGGAGGCCGGGAUGCAACCACAACUGCAGAUCCGGGGGGUGGGGUUUGACCGCACCCUAGGGGGCCUGGAGAUGGAGCUCCGCCUUCGAGAGCACCUGGCUGGGCUCUUCAAUGAGCACCGUAAGGGCCAAAGAGCCAAGGAUGUACGAGAGAACCCACGUGCCAUGGCCAAGCUGCUGCGGGAGGCCAAUCGACUCAAAACUGUCCUGAGUGCCAAUGCUGACCACAUGGCCCAGAUUGAAGGCCUGAUGGACGACAUGGACUUCAAGGCAAAAGUGACUCGAGUGGAAUUUGAAGAGUUAUGUGCAGACUUGUUUGAGCGGGUGCCUGGGCCUGUCCGGCAGGCCCUCCAGAGUGCAGAAAUGAACUUGGAUGAGAUUGAGCAGGUGAUCCUAGUGGGUGGGGCCACCCGUGUCCCCAAAGUUCAGGAGGUGCUGCUGAAAGCAGUGGGCAAGGAGGAACUGGGGAAGAACAUCAAUGCAGAUGAAGCAGCUGCCAUGGGGGCAGUGUACCAGGCAGCUGCCCUCAGCAAAGCAUUCAAGGUGAAGCCAUUUGUCAUCCGAGAUGCAGUGGUCUAUCCCAUCCUGGUGGAAUUUACAAGGGAGGUAGAGGAGGAGCCUGGUGUCCGCAGCCUGAAGCACAAUAAACGUGUGCUCUUCUCCCGCAUGGGACCCUACCCUCAACGUAAAGUCAUCACCUUUAACCGCUACAGCCAUGAUUUCAACUUCCACAUCAACUAUGGAGACCUGGGCUUCCUGGGGCCUGAGGAUCUUCGAGUAUUUGGCUCUCAGAAUCUGACCACAGUGAAAUUAAAAGGUGUGGGUGACAGCUUCAAGAAGUAUCCCGACUACGAGUCCAAGGGCAUCAAGGCCCACUUCAAUCUGGAUGAGAGUGGUGUGCUUAGCCUGGACAGGGUGGAGUCCGUAUUUGAGACCCUAGUGGAAGAUAACCCAGAGGAGGAGUCUACUCUCACCAAACUUGGCAACACCAUUUCCAGCCUGUUUGGUGGUGGUACCACAGCAGACACCAAAGAGAAUGGGACAGAUAGUGUUCAGGAAGAAGAGGAGAGCCCUGCUGAGGGAAGCAAGGACGAGCCUGGAGAGCAGGUAGAACUCAAGGAGGAAGCUGAGGCCCCAGUGGAGGAAACCUCUCAGCCCCCACCCACUGAGCCCAAGGGAGACACAGCCGCUGAGGGGGAAAAGCCCACCGAAAAAGAAAAUGGGGACAAGUCUGAGGCCCAGAAGCCUAAUGAGAAGGGGGAGGCAGGGCCUGAAGGUGCUCCUCCAGCUCCUGAGGAAGAAAAGAAGCAGAAGCCUGCCCGGAAACAGAGAAUGGUGGAGGAGAUUGGGGUGGAGCUUGUUGUUCUGGACCUGCCGGACUUGCCAGAGGAUGAGCUGGCUCAUUCAGUGCAGAAACUUGAGGAUUUGACCCUUCGUGACCUAGAGAAGCAGGAACGGGAGAAAGCUGCCAAUAGCUUGGAAGCCUUUAUCUUUGAAACCCAGGACAAGCUGUACCAGCCCGAGUAUCAGGAAGUGUCCACAGAAGAACAGCGUGAAGAGAUUGCCGGGAAACUCAGUGCUGCAUCCACCUGGCUAGAGGAUGAGGGCUUUGCAGCCACCACUGUGAUGUUGAAGGAGAAGCUGGCUGAGCUGAGGAAGCUGUGCCUAGGACUGUUUUUUCGGGUAGAAGAACGCAAGAAGUGGCCUGAACGAUUGUCUGCCCUCGACAGUCUCCUCAACCAUUCCAGCAUAUUCCUCAAGGGUGCCCGGCUUCUCCCAGAGAUGGACCAGAUCUUCACUGAGGUGGAGAUGACAACAUUAGAGAAAGUCAUCAAUGAGACCUGGGCGUGGAAGAAUGCAACCAUGGCCGAGCAAGCCAAGCUUCCUGCCACAGAGAAGCCUGUGCUGCUCUCGAAGGACAUCGAGGCUAAGAUGAUGGCACUGGACCGUGAGGUGCAGUAUCUGCUCAACAAGGCCAAGUUUGCCAAGCCUCGGCCCCGGCCCAAGGACAAGAAUGGUACCCGGACAGAGCCUCCCCUCAAUGCCAGUGCAAGUGACCAAGAGGAGAAGGUCAUCCCACCAGCAGGCCAGACUGAAGAUGCAGAGCCCAUUGUAGAGCCUGAGAAGGAAGAGACUGGAUCUGAACCAACAGACACUGAGCCCCUGGAGUUAGGAGGUCCUGGAACAGAACCUGAGCAGAAGGAGCAGCUGGCAGGACAGAAGCGGCCUUUAAAGAACGAUGAGCUAUAACCUCCACCUCCCAUCUCCCCACUCAUCUCCAGCCCCUUCUCCUACCACCUCUAUUUAUUAUACACCGGGGUGGGGGCAGGGGGUGGCCCCACCCUCGAGGCUUGAGUUCCUUCUCAUCUGGGAGUGGAGUGUGGGGGAGGGGCAGGUGGGGGCCAUUCAUCGGUUUCUUCUGGAAUAGCCCUAUUGUUAAAACCUGAAUUUGUCUGGCCCUCCAUCCCACCCUUACUCCCUGGUCCUCUACCCAUCUGGCCCUGCGUUUGGGAAAAAUCACUAAUGCGUCUUAAUUCUUUGCCUUGGGUAGGUAAGAGAAUGGCCACCAGGGGCUGAUGGAGACCUGGUAGUGCAAGGGUGUCCUGGUCCCAGGAGAGCAUCCUUCCUUUCCUCCUUUCCUCUUCCACUGUGAAAUCUGUGUUUGCUUUGGGCUAAGUCUGCAGAGCCUCCACCACCAGGUUUUGUUUCCGAAUGCCUACCUGCUCUUUUCUUCCUCCAGAACGUUCUCUUUCCCUAAAUCCCACCCCUGUGUCCCACCUGGUUCUUCAUUCGCUUUCUUGGCUUCCUGGCACAUAUUGGGUUCUUUGCCUAAACCUUCCCUGUGGACUGGCUAGAGUAAAUUUCAAGUUUCCCCAUGGUACAUAUGACCUCUGGUGGCCGGAGUAGGCAGGGACGCAGAAGGGAAGCUGCUGCUCUCCAGGGAGUGAGCCUUGAGAAAGCCCUGAGCCCCAAU